AGAGAGAGAGAGAGAGAGAGAGAGAGAGAGAGAGAGAGAGAUGACAGUGUCGAUGCUGCUGAGUGUCGAGUCCAAUCCCCGGUGUGUUAUCUCUCUGCUAGACAGUCGGUAACGGAGCUGCUCCUCACGGGAGCAGACGGCAGGCGCGCGAGGAAGGGAGGGAAUGAGAAAGCGCGAGGGGUUUCAUUCUGGUGACACAUGUCAGAUAUAGGCUCAAGCUGUGGAAUGUAUCGGAUGCCAGUGCACACACAGACGGGCUGUCCCGCGCAAUGCCGCGCGCUGUAACGUCGCUGCACUAACGGGAGACAAACUCCCGCGGAAAGAGGCAAAGACACAUUGGAGAGACUGAUAGAGGGACUGGGCAACGGCCGCGGCGGAGAGUGUGUGAAGUUUCCCGAUGGCGCUGGUGAUGGAGCCGGUGAGCAAAUGGAGCACGAGCCAGGUGGUGGACUGGAUGAAAGGCCUGGAUGACUGCCUGCAGCAGUACGUGGGUGUGUUUGAACAUGGAGGUGUGUGUGGGGAGAGGCUGCUGAGGAUCAGCCACGCCGAGCUGGAAGAGCUGGGCGUGUCUCGGAUCGGACACCAGGAACUCAUCCUGGAGGCCGUGGACCUGCUCUGCGCUCUGAACUCAGGUCUGGAGACGGAGAGUGUGAGGACCCUGGCUCACAAGCUCGGCGCCUCGGCAAAAAACCUCCAGAACUUCAUCUCCGGCCGCCGGCGCAGCAGCCAAUCAGAGAGCAGGAUCUCUCGUCGCCUUCCAAACGACCUCCUGACUUCUGUGGUUGAUCUCAUCACCGCCGCCAAGAGUUUACUGUCUCCUGCUGACCGCUGUAAGAAGAUCCAUGCAGGAGAUGAGGUCAUCCAAGUUAACCACCAGACUGUGGUGGGCUGGCAGCUGCGUAACCUGGUGGGCUCUCUACGAGCAGACAAGGGGGGCGUGUCUCUGACGCUGAAGAAACGCCCACAGAGCACGCUUAGCUCCGCCCCCGCGCUGCUGAAGAACAUGCGCUGGAAACCCUUAGCUCUGCAGCCAACCAGGAGCCCCGGCAGUGGUCCGGCCACGCCCUCAGGCACGCCCACCAAGAGCUCCGCCCUCCAGGACCUCUACAUCCCGCCUCCUCCUGCUGAGCCAUACACACCGAGGGCCGAAACGGGGACCUUGUCUGGCGAUGAGGAGUCCCGUAACCAUGGCGCCUCCUUGCUGGUCAAACGCUCGGAGUCGCCGAACUCCUUCCUGGAUCAGGAGUCUCACCAACAAGAGGAGGAGGAGCCAGUUUACUGUACCACGCCCACCUAUGGCAGGCUUAGGCCUAUCUCCAUGCCUGUUGAGUGCAACUGGGUGGGGGACUACGAAGACCCAGCCAAGCUGAACAGGGACAACCGCAGAGAAGCGUCUCUGCUGCGCUACGUGGGAUUGGCUGGAAGAGAGGAGAGGCUCGGUUCGGAGGAUUACUCCUCCCACACUGGGCGGAGCCAGAAACGCGACACGGGCAAGCGGAGCAACGACACUGGCAAACGCACCAAGAGGCGGAGCCACCACAGCCAGAGCCCCUCCCACUAUGUCCUUCAGAGAGAGGCCACGCCCACAGAGCAAGCUGCUCUCUAUCAUACGUACCAGCAGUCGACAUCUCUCUCAAAGACCAGGAAGAAGAAUAAAGGCCGAGGCCUGACCCUGCUGAGCCGCAGGCGGGUGUCCUGCAAGGCCCUGGGCCGGGGAGACUGUGAGGGCUGGCUCUGGAGGAAGAGGGACGCCAAGGGAUACUUCUCCCAGAAGUGGAAGAAGUACUGGUUUGUUCUCAAAGAAACCUGUCUCUACUGGUACAUCAACGAAGAGGAUGAAAAGGCUGAAGGCUUCGUCAGUCUCCCAGAGUUCAAGAUCGACAGAGCCAGCGAGUGUCGCAAGAAGUAUGCGUUCAAAGCAUGCCAUCCCAAAGUUAAGAGUUUCUACUUUGCUGCCGAUGGCGUGGAUGACAUGAACAGGUGGCUUAGCCGUCUGAACAUGGCUGCUGUAGGAUACACAGAGAGGAUACGCCAGGAGCAGGACUACUGGAGUGAGAGUGAUCAGGAGGAGGAAGCCUCCAGCCCCAAACAGGACAGCCCCCCUCCCCCCUACGACACCUACCCCCGGCCCCCCUCAAUGAGUGCGUACGUGGAGGGCAGGACCGGCCGUCUGUCGUCAACGGAGACGUCUCGUUCCCGCUCCUCUCAGGAGGACUUCCUGGGCGAGCCUGCAGUCGGCGGCAGCGAGGCGCAGUACCACACUGGACCACGGGGGGGCAGCAGCACUCACAGUGGCAGGAAGGCGAUUGGGAGCAGCAGCAGCGACGCGCAGUACCGCUGUGAUCCUGUAGAGUACCGCUCCAGUCCUGGGGGGGGCAGCAGUGAGACAGGCUCCCCGGGGCGCUCCUCCUCGUCCCAGCGACGCUCGUGGCAGGACCUGAUAGAGACCCCCCUAACAGAGGCAGGGCUGCACUACCUGCAGACUGGACCCCUAGAAGACGCUGUGUUUGCGGACCCUGUGGUAGGGCUUGAGACCAUGGCUGUGGGCGGAGUCUACACCCUCCCCGCACAGAGGAACCUCCCGUAUCCCCUGGCAACCCAGAGGCUCAUCCCCAUGGCAACCCAUGGAGGGAAACCCCGCAGUUACACCUUACCUCGAGACAGCAAUCUGCACACAGUGCUGGCACCACCUGUAAGACAGGACCUGCACACACACACCGGUGCAGGUGAAGGGGCGUCGCUGGGCGACCUGUUCCGUGCAUGUGAGCAGGGUGGGGUGUGUCCUCUGGGCCGGCCCUCAGAGCUCCGGGGUCAGACAGAGUUCAGACAGUCGUUCCUGCGCAGGGCGGCCGACCCCCAGCUUAACGACCGCCUGCACCGCCUGCGCAUACUCACCUCCACUCUGAAGGACAGGGAGGGGGAACUAGCUCUGAUUGACAGGCUGUUGGCCAAUCCCCAGCUGUCGUCGGCAGAGUUCCAGGAGUGGAAGAGAGCCUAUCAGGAGCUGUUCUCUCAGGACCCAGUCACACCGGCCGAGUCAGAGUCCGCCCAGCACACUCCCUCGCUCUCUCACACACACUCCUACAUCGAGACGCACGUCUGACACUCACACACACACACACACCAAACAGUGUUGAGCGUCACUCCAGAAGCAGAUAAACACAUUUCUGAUGGACCCAGACUGCCAGACUGUUGGCGUAAUAAGCCUACAGUACCAGAGGAGGAACUGUAUUUGAUUAUCCCGAGCCGCACGACAGGGACAGUACCAGACGUGUCAGCACCUGACUCCACAUGGUUUGUAGCUGUGUCCUCUUUCAGACCACGAUGGAUAGGUAGAGCUCAGGAACGACUCUCCGACGACCCCCGCAUCUGUGAGAAAGACUGCUGUGUCUUUAACACACACACAUAUGCACACACACACACACACACACACGUGGACGCAACACAAACACGCACAUACACGCGCACACACACAGCCUAUGACGGCCCCAGACAUACUUGGACACAAGAGACAACUCGGGGAACUGCUUCCUCCAAUAGCGUCACGGAGCAGCUUCUCUCUGCCCUCUGAUUGGACAGCCAUUUUACAGUAUAUUUCUAUAUCCUGCUUGAUGUGCCAUGUUUGUAUCACCAGACAGGUUGUGUUAGCACAGAUGUACAGUGUAUACCGAUGAUGCAGCCUUAUAGCGACACUUAUAUCAAUAUAUCUAGCGAAUGUUUAUGAUGCUGACAAACUGUG